GUUACCAACAAGACAGACCCUCGCUCUAAGAACUCCCGAGUGUUUAUUGGAAAUCUCAACACUCUGGUGGUCAAGAAAUCUGAUGUGGAGGCAAUUUUCUCAAAGUACAACAAAAUGGUAGGUUGCUCUGUUCAUAAGGGCUUUGUCUUUGUUCAGUAUGUUAAUGAGAGAAAUGCCCGGACUACUGUGGCAGAACAGGGUGUCAGAAUGAUAGCUGGCCAGGUUUUAGAUAUUAAUCUGGCUGCAGAGCCAAAAGUGAACAGAGGAAAAGCAGGUGUGAAACGAUCUGCAGCGGAGAUGUACGGCUCUUCUUUUGACUUGGACUAUGACUUUCAGCGGGAUUAUUAUGACAGGAUGUACAGCUAUCCAGCACGUGUUCGUCCUCCUCCUCGUAUUGCACGUGCUGUAGUGCCCUCAAAACGCCAGCAUGUAUCAGGAAACACCUCACGGAGGGGCAAAAGUGGCUUCAAUUCUAAAAAUGGACAGAGGGGAUCUUCUUCCAAGUCUGGAAAAUUGAAAGGAGAUGACCUUCAGACCAUUAAGAAGGAGUUGACCCAGAUUAAACAAAAAGUGGAUUCUCUACUGGAAAGCCUAGAAAAAACUGAAAAGGAGCAAAGCAAACAAGGAGUAGAGAUGAAGAAUGAUAAAUCCGAAGAGGAGCAGAGCAGCAGCUUCCUGAAGAAAGAUGAGAUUAAUGUGAAGAUGGAGUCUGAGGGGGCUGCAGAUGACUCUGCUGAAGAGGGGGACCUACUGGAUGAUGAUGAUAAUGAAGAUCGGGGGGAUGACCAGCUGGAGUUGAUCAAGGAUGAUGAAAAAGAGGCUGAGGAAGGAGAGGAUGACAGAGACAGCACCAAUGGCGAGGAUGACUCUUAA